AAUUGACUUUGACAGACGAAAAAUACACAACUCAUCUUCAAAAUCAAAAAUCUUUUUAAACUUUUGAGUUAUCACAGAGACACACCAAUAACUUCAGCAGGAUGUCUAAAAUUAAUGAAGCCGCUAAUUUAUACAAACAGCUAAAAUCGGAGUGGACAUCGUCCCACAAGAAUCUCGGCAAAUGUGAAAAGCUUUUGGCGGAUCUUAAGUUGGAGCUGACCAAUUUAGUGUUUUUGCCCACCUCUAAUGUAACAGCAUCCAAACAAGAACUUCUGCUUGCAAGAGAUGUUUUGGAGAUCGGAGUACAAUGGGCGAUUGAAUCAAACAAUAUCCCUGCAUUUGAAAGAUAUAUGGCUCAACUAAAAUGCUACUAUUUUGACUACCAAAACCAACUUGAAGAAUCCGCAUACAAAUAUCAACUAUUAGGUUUAAAUUUACUAUUUUUGUUAUCUCAGAAUAGAGUCGCCGAAUUUCAUACUGAACUUGAGUUGUUACCAGUAGAUCACAUUCAAAAUGAUGUUUAUAUUAGGCAUCCCUUAAGUAUCGAACAAUAUUUAAUGGAAGGCAGUUAUAAUAAGAUAUUUUUAGCCAAAGGAAAUGUGCCAGCAAAAAGCUAUAAUUUAUUCAUGGACAUAUUGCUAGACACAAUCAGAGGUGAAAUUGCUGCUUGUCUUGAAAAUGCCUUCGAAAAAAUCUCCACUAAAGAUGCUGCAAGAAUGCUUUAUUUGCAGAGUGAGGAUGCUUUAAAAGCUAUAGCAGAAAAAAGAAAGUGGAAGAUCGGUAAAGAUAACUAUUUCCAUUUUACCCCAGAAGUGAAAAAGAGUCAUGAGCCAAUCCCAUCAAUCGAACUUGCAGAACAAGCCAUUGAGUAUGCUAAGGAAUUGGAGAUGAUUGUAUAAACAAUUUUUUCUUGUUCAUUUACUUUAAAUAUUAUGAGACUUAUUUUAUAGAGCAAAUUAUUGGGUUUCAAACUUCAUUUUCAAAAGCUUGAUAAUAAUAAUACAUUAAAAUAAUUUACAAUAAC